AUGGAUUCUGGCGAUAUGGAUCGAGCGCGGUUGGAUGACCGAAUGUUUCCGAAGAAUGAAGCUCCGCUAGGUAGUCGAACCCGCGACGACGACAGACAGAAUGAACGAGACCCCUCGAUUGCUAAACAAUACGAAGAUCUCGAAAUCCAGAAAGUGGAAUUUAAGAAACUACAAGAGGAUCAUAAAAAACAAGUCCAUGAAUUCGAAGAGGCGAAAGUCGAGCUUGAAGACAAGCUACGAACGUUCAAGAAGAUGGAAGGGGAGAACGAGAGAAAGCUAGGCGUACUCAGAGCCGAGCAAUAUAUAUUCAACACUACGGUCAGGGAGUUCAACAUGAGUGUAAAGAGAGCCAGAGAGGCAACAAAACGUUUUAAUAAGAAGAGUGAGACGUUGGAUGGGAAGUUCAAGGCAGCCAAGAAUAGGGAGCAAUAUUUCCUUAGACAAUACAGAUACAAGCAGAGAUAUUUUGCGGAGAGAGAACAGAGGAUUGAUGCGAAGCUCAAAAGCCUUGGAAUAGAGGAGAAGUUCUUUAAUCCAGAUAGAGAAUCAUCUGAAUAUUUGGAAAGUAUUCUUUCAGAAAUGCGGGAGGAAGAGAGGGAUUGGGAGGCUUUACAACAGCGGGAAUAG